AAUACUGCUUUAACUGUUCUAUCUGCCAUCACAUUGCAACAGGUCGGUCAGGAGCUCUCCCGUUCUGGGUGGAUGUCAUAUGACUUCCUCCCAGAAUCGUGCUUUGCGCGUGCUCCAUGGGCCAUGCUGCAGGGUAAUCUGUCACUCACUGUGUCCACCGGACACAGCAGAUGACAGAUCAGUGUACUGGGCUGCUGCCAAUACCAUGUGAUUGUUGUGACCAGUCACAGCAGAUCACAUGGCAAUUGUACACAUUUCAUAGCCAUUCAUUGGGUACUAUUGAGUUGCUCUCUGCGAUUGUUCAUAGUGAUCACAUGGUACAAGGCUUUUGUGAAUAGCCUUGUACCAUGUGACCUCUGUGAUCAUUCACAGAU